AUGUCCUCCAGCGAUGAGGACUCCCUGGCCGAGGAUUUGAUGCUCGGCGAGCGGCGGUUCCCCUCCCGGCAGCUCGCCGACGAAGAGUCAUCCCCUCCUGGGCAACACCAGCAGCCGCAGCCGCAACACCAGCACCAGCACCAGCAGCAGCAGCAGCAGCAGCAGCAGCAGCAGCAGCAGCAGCAGCUGGUCGGAUACGAUCACCACCCGACAGGCCAUCCCCAGCCGCAAUCGAUGGUGGCCGCGGUGGCGGCCGCCGCCCCGGCCUCACGCGGAUCCUUCUUCUUCUCCGACGACCCGGCCGAGGGGUUCUCCCCUCCGCGAGCGGCCCCCAAGUCGCUGGAGGCCGCCGUGCGCAACAGCCACCUCGCAUCGUGGCGAAACUCGCCGCUGCUGUCCCGGAUCCCGGCGUAUGGUCACCACGCGCCGGGGGGCGGGUCGACCGAUUCCCCGCAUGGCCCUCUGCAGGAGAAUGUCCCCCUGCCCUUUUCCUUCACGGUGGCCGAUCUGCCCGAGGUGGCCCUGCCCUCCUCCCCCCCGCCGGAGCCUUCGCAACUUGCGCGCGGCCUGCUCCCGCACCGGUCCAUGCGCGCGGUCAUGUUCAUCCUGCCGGCCCUGUGGCGGGUGCAGCCCGCCAGUCCGGCGCUCUUUGCCAGCCCGCCCGCGGGCCCGGGCUCGCCGGUCCUUCGGGCCUCGGAUUCCGGGCACCCCGGCCAUGGGCCGCCCGGUGCCGGCUCGGCGCUGCCAUCGGACACACAUGCUCUGCUGCAAUUGAGCCUCGAUGCCGGGAAUCGCUUUUGCCAUGCCACCGGUCACCAGCUGUGCCAGGGUCGUGGCCUGCUGGAUCGCCACUGUGGGCCUCUGGUCUACCGCCAGCCUCCCUCCAUGCUGGCCCCCCUGUUUUUCAGCCUCCUGGCGCCGCGGCCGCCGGCCCAGCUCCAGGCAUCGCUGGAUCCGAUGAUUCUCGCCUCGCCGGUCUUCCGCCGGGAUAUCGGCGUCGUGGCUGGGGCCUCGUCCCUCUUUGACCCGCUGCGCGUGGAGUCCCUCAAUGCCGGCGAUCCGGCCACCCAGGCGGCCGACGCGGCGGCCCUCCAGCGGGCCCGGCGCUCGCUCGGUGGCAUCUCCGCCCGGCAUUUCCCGGCCCUGGCACGGCUGUCCUCCGCGCUGCUGAUGCGUCUCCUGGAGGCCCUCUUCCCUGGCGGGGUCAUCAUUGACUGGGACCAGCUCCAGGAGCUUCGCCGCCUCCAGGACGAGGAGGGCGCAUGCAUCCUGCUACUGCCAACACACAAAUCGCACGCCGACUAUCUGCUCGUGUCAUUGAUCUGCUAUGCCACCGGCCUGGCCCUGCCCCACAUCGCGGCCGGUGACAAUCUCAACCUCCCGGUUGUGGGCCGCUAUGCUCGGGCCCUUGGGGCUUUCUUCGUCCGCCGGCGCACCGUCGGCCUGGGGAAUGUCGGGGAAUCCGGCCAGCCGGCCAAGAAGCCAGCCCCCGGGGGGGCGGACAUGCCGGCGGCCACGGCCACCACCGGCGCCCCCCCGGCGACGGUGGCGGCUCCGACCCUGACGAGCACCACCAUGACCACCACCACCACCACCACCACCACCACCACCACCACCACCACCACCACCACCACCGGCGCCCCCCCGGCGGACACGCCCCCCGGCGGUGGCAUCACCAGCACCGGGGCCAUGCUCCCGGGUGCCAUGCCGGUGACGGCCGUCAACCUGCCCUCCUUCCGGCCGUCUCCGGUCCUUCGCGCCACCGAUGCCUCGGAUGCCGAGGCGCCGCAUUUGCCGCCGGUGCCAGCCCCCCCGGCAACGCCGGUGCCCGGGGCCCUGACCGGCGCCAAUGACCCGGGGGUCCCGGUCAGCGACAACACCCUCAACAGUGCCCUGCUGCGGGCGUACGUCCGCGUGGCGGCGGCCAAUGGGUCGCACCUGCAAAUCUUCCUCGAGGGCGGUCGGUCGCGCACCGGGCGCCUGAUCGGGCCCCCCAAGAUCGGGCUCUUUUCGGCCGUGCUGGACCCCUUCCUGGCGGCGGCGUCCGCCAGCAAUCCGGUGCCGACGGGGGUCAUUGCACGGGCCGAUCCCAUGCCGGUGCUUCGCGAUGUCGUGUGUGUGCCCUGUGGCGUGGCGUAUGACAGCAUCCCCGAGGAUGCGGCCACCUAUGGGCGUGAGCGUGCCGGGCUGCCGAAGACGCCGGAGUCCCUCCUCUCGGCGGCCUGGGCCGCGGUCAGCGGGCUCUUCGGCGGAUCGGGCUCCGGCCCCGGCGGGCGCCGCGGGGCGCGUGUCUACAUGGACGUCGGCCGGCCGAUUUCCGCCCGGCACUUUGUCACCCAGCGCCUGCUGUACAAGGCUGGCGGGGCCACCGCCGAUGACCAUGCCCUCCGCCGGGCCAUCGAUGGGUGGGACUCGUCCGAUGUCCAGGCAUUGGCCAUGUACGCGAUGCAGCGCUCGCGGGAUGCCUGCGCCGCGCCCGAUGUCCCGGUUCUCUGUCUGGCCCUGGAUGCCUUCUUCCUCGGGCCGAACUGGUGCCUGCGCCGGGGCCUCGGGCCGCUCGGCGGCGGCGGCGGCGGCGUUGGCAAUGGCGGCGCCAGCGUCACCGGCACAGGUACCCCCCCCGAGGCGACGCCCGACUCCGAGGUGCCGCCCCUCCACCGGGGUGCCCUUGGCGAGGCCCUGGCUCGGAUUUUGGCCAGCCCAGCCCGCCACCGGGUGGAUGCGGUCGUCUCGGCGGCCGACCUGCUGGAUGGUUGGCACUUUGUCCGGGAGGUGCUCUUCUCGCGCGGGGUCCUCACCAGCGGGGAGCCGGUCUUCGGGUUGGAGUAUGGCCGCCGGGGGCAAUUCCCCACGGCCGCGGUCACGGCGGCCGGGGCCAGUGCCACCAGCCCGACCCCGGUGCCCGGGACGUCGUCGCCUUCAUCGCCAUCGCCAUCGCCAUCGCCAUCGCCAUCGCCGCCGCCGCCGCCGCCGCCGCCACCUCAAUUCCUGUCGGCCCUCAGUGUGGCGGGUCCCGGGUCUCUGGGGAUCUUGGACCUGGCCGAGGGGCUGGGCACGGUGGCACGCGGCCAGGGCGCCAAGGCGACCGCGGCGGCGGCGGCAACGGCGGCGGCGCGCUUCCGCGCGCGCGUGGCCUCGCCAGCCGCCAGUGUGGCCGGCUGCUCGGCGCCCCUGUUGACGGUCUUGCCGUCCGACGAUGCGCGCUUCUCGCGCAGCUACUAUUCCAACCAGGCGUCGCAGGCGCUGCUGCCCGAGGCGCUGGCCUUUGCCGCUACCCUGACCCUGUGUGCCCCCUCGGCGCCGCGCAAGCACAUGGGCUCCGGGCCCGGCGCGUCGGCCCGGCCGCUUGAGACCCUGGGCGAUCCGUGGUCCUGGUCGGAUGGGCUGGUCCUCUCGGCGCGGGACAUCCUGGAGCGCACGCGGCUGGUGCGGGCCCUCUUCGCCGGGGAGUUCUUCCUGUGCGACGAGGAUGAAACCGCCCCCACGGUGGGGGUACCGCUGCCGGGGGGGGACCCCGGCGCGUCGGGCGGCUCGCCGGUGCACCUCAGCGGCCGGGGGGCUUCCUCUCGUGCCGGGGGCGGUGGUGCCUCUGGCGGGUCGCCGGUUUUUGCGGCUCUCGGCCCGGGAGCCGGCGGGAUGGCUGCCCUGGGGGGCGCCAUGUCGUCCGGCCCCCCCGGCGCCCCGACCCUCCAGCCUGGCCAGUGCUGUGCCCCAUUGCCGGCGGUCACCGGCCCCGGGGCCGGCUCCAGCCAGCAGCCGGUCGGCCAGCUGGAUGAGGUGGCCAUGCUGGCGUGCCUGAUAGAUCCCAAGGCCCGGCACUUGCCGGACCUUUCGCUGGACAUCCCGGACCCGUUGGAUCAGUGGGCUUCGCGCGGGUCGCGCGCCUGGGCCGAUUCCUCGCUCGUGGGCAUGGCCUCGUAUGCCCGGCGGCGGACGGUUCGCGGGCUGGCCUGGCUCGUGCGCGAGGGGCUCCUCGAGGCCCAUGUUGUUGACCAUGGCGGGUGCGCCACUUGCGGCGCGCUCUUGACUUCCGGGCCGGCCAUCCGCCCGGCGCGUGUCCUCUUCACCCUGAGCUUCUCCAAGAACCUCCGCCAUGCCCAGCUCCUGGCUGCGUCCAUCGCCCCGGUUGUCGAGGCCUACGCCUUCACAUCCUCCAUCUUGACCGAGCUCGAGAGCGUGCAAUCCUUCGAGGCCAUGGGCUCGAAGGAGCGUGUUGCCCUGCUGACCGCUCUCAGCCGGCGUAGCCUGACCUACUCGGCCUCGGAUGUGACCUUCAAGCGCCCGCCGGUCAUCCCGUCCGAUGUGGCCCAUGUCUUGGAGCGCUUCUCCUUCCCCCUGCAUUGGAUCGAGUCCUCGGCCGGGGACAUGCUCCAGCGCGCCCUUUCAACAUUGUCCAUCAUUUCCCAGCAGGCCGGCCUGGUGGCCUCGUCCAGUCAGCAUGUGGGCUUGAAUUUGGCCCGAAGCCGCAUCCUCAACCGGCACGAGUCCAUGCGACAGGGCCCGGCCCCGCAGACGCCGAUGCUGUCCGCAGGGCCGUCGGCGGCCUUCCCUCCGGCGCGCAAUGCCAGCCUCUCGGCCUUCGGGAGUUUCGGCAGCUUCGGCAAUCUGCUCGGCAUGGGUCAGGCGGAGGCGGCCGAUCAUCAUCACCACCACCCUCACCACCCGGACCAGGCGUACCAGGCGUACGUGCUGGACCGUGCCGGGGCCUUCCGUUUCCCUCGGACCCACAUCGAGGAGGGAACCAUCGGGCUGCGGCAGCUGAGUUGGCUGCUGCAUCACAGCGUCGGGGGCCACCUCCCGGCACACUUCUUUGAGCUCUUCCCCCUCUUCCCCUGAGAGGGGCCCGUUGCACCGGCCCCUCCCCUCUCCCUGCCUUGUGCCCUGUCCAUGUCUCCUCGUGUCUGCUCUUUCCUGGGUGGACCCGCUCCUCUCUCCCUCUCUCUCGGCUCUCCAAUCGCUGAUCGGGUCUCCGGCCCCCUGCUCUCCCCGGCAGGGCACCUCCGCGCUCACGCCGGCUCAGUCCUUGUUCGUGCGUGCGCGUGUGUCUGUGUAUGUCCCUUUCCGCAUGAAGCAUGGCCCCCUUCCCGCCGCGUAGGCGCCUCCUCCGCUCUUCCGGCGGACAGGCCCCCCCCCCCCCCCGCUCCCCGGUCUUCCUCUUCUCUGCUAUUUCCCACCGUCUCCCAGCGAGAUUGCCGCGUCCCCCUGCCGUUCGUAUCAUCCUUUCCUCCUCUCAGACUCGGCAUGUGCGGGCCUGCGUCACGCGCGAGAGCAAUCCAAUAUACCCAACGAUCCUCC